CAGCAUGGAUGUGGUGGGUGUGUGCGCCUUUCUACUGUAUUUAAGGCCCGGACCGCUCCGCAAAGCCAAGUCUGCGUCUGUGUUUGACCGAACCUCCACCCAGCAUGGCGACUGAUAAAUUACCUGCACCUCUGGGCUCCAUCGAGAACCCGAUCAAGUUUAAGGAUCAGGACUUCAGGCGCCUCCUGGAGGAGUGUCUGAAGUCCGGGGAGCUGUUCUCUGAUCCGGUCUUCACUGCCGAGCAGGAGUCCAUCGGUUUACCCGAAGACCCGGAUCCAGUGAAGGCGAUCAAGUGGCAGAGACCCAAGGAAAUCAGUGGGAGCGCUGUGUUUGUGGAGGGCACGACUGGGACCACAGAUAUCUGCCAGGGCCAACUGGGCAACUGUUGGCUGCUGGCGGCGCUGUCCUGCCUCACCAUGCACCCCAAGCUCUUUGUGAAGGUGGUGCCACCAAACCAAAGCCUGUCUGAACCGUAUGCAGGGAUCUUCCACUUUACUUUCUGGCAGUAUGGUGAGUGGGUGGAGGUGGUGGUGGAUGACAGGCUGCCAGUUCGUGAAGGCCGUCUGCUCUUCAGCUACUCUCACACCCGAAACGAGUUCUGGAGUGCCCUGGUGGAGAAGGCCUACGCCAAGUUAAUGGGAUCCUAUGGGAGCCUGAAGGGGGGCAACAUCUCUGAGGGGAUGGAGGAUUUCACAGGAGGGAUCGCGUACACGGUGGACAUCUCGUCUCGCACCCCCCGUGUCCUCUGGAGGUCUCUGACAGCGGCCCUGUCCAGAGGCAGCCUGCUCAGCUGUUUCAUUCAGGCCUACAGCUACCAGGACAUAGGUAAGGUGACAGACGACGGGCUGAUAAAGGGACACGCCUACGCCAUCACUGACUCCGACAAGGUGAAAAAUGCCUUGGAUGAAGUUUUGUUGCUGAGGCUGAGGAACCCCUGGGGAUUUGUGGAGUAUCGUGGACCCUGGAGCGACAAGGCUAAAGAGUGGGACGCUGUGGACAAAGCAGAGAAGCAGCGUAUCGAUCUGAAAAAGAGAGAAGACGGAGAGUUCUGGAUCAGUGCUGAGGACUUCUGCCGCCUCUUCAACAUCGUGGAGCUCUGCAGCUUGAAUCCUGACUCUCUUGACAUGGCCAACGCACCUGCCUCUCCAUCUACGCCUGCAUCCCAGGCUUCCUGGAACAUCAGCGAACAUGAAGGAUUCUGGGUACCGGGGAGCUCUGCUGGCGGCAGCCGCAGAUACCCCCAGACAUUUUGGAAGAAUCCUCAGUUCCAGUUGAUUCUCAGAGAGCAGGACCAGCCCGAGGAGGAAGAAGAGGAAGAGGACGAGGAGGAUGAAGAUGACGAGGUGGAGGUGACCCCGGAGGAGAAGAAAAGGGCGGAGAAGCAGAAGCAGAAAGCCAAACAGUGCACGGUGCUGGUGGAGCUGCUGCAGAAGAAUCGCAGGCAGAGGGAUAAAGUCAACUUCCUCUACGUAGCUUUCCACAUCUACAAAGUUCCUGAUGAGCUCCAGGGUGUGUGUCUGGGCCGUGACUUCUUCUUGAAAAAUCGCCCUGUGGGACGAUCUGGGAAAUAUCAGGCUCAGAGGGGUGUGUGGAGGAAGCUGCAUCUGGACCCGGGAAACUACAUCAUCGUGGGAUCCACCUAUCGACCCAACAAGCCCGGAGAUUUCUUUGUCCGCAUUUUCUCCAAGACUGGAAACACUCUGGGGACUCAGGACUUCACCUGCUCCUCUGGCUUCCUCCCGGUUAUGGCGACUCCAGUCACUCCUCAGGAUCACAGCAGAGUUAAGAAGACUUUUGAUGAGGAGGCCGGACCUGAUGACAGACUGAACGCAAAGAUGUUCAUGAAAAUGUUGAACUCAGCUCUCGACAGAGAUUACCAUCUGCCCCUGGAGACGUGCAGACAGCUCAUCUUUGGAGAGGACACUAAAGGAAGCUCCCGUCUCAGCCGGGAACAAGCAGAGACCCUGCUGUCCAGUGUGCACAAACUGCAGUCCAUCUUUUUCCAGUUUGAUGUGGACUCUUCUGGGACAAUGAGCCCCUUUGAGCUCACCUCAGCUCUGGAAGCUGUCGGAAUGCAGUGUGAUGGAAAGGUAAUUCAGCUGCUGUCGGAGCGCUUUGCGUCCGGAGAGCUUCACAUGCCCUUCCACAGUUUUGUGUCAUGUUUCACCAGACUACGCAAGCUCUUUGCUCUGUAUGAUUCACAGACCAGUGAGGAGGUGAAAAACAAAGGGAUCAAUGCUUGGCUCAUGCAGUUUGUGAUGCUGUGAAGAUGCUUCAUGAAGACGUCUCCCCACAGUCACUGAAGGCUGUUGUUUACAAAACAGAAACAAAUUACACAAGACUGCAAAACUGUUCUUUGAUAUGUUCCUUAGUACAAUUAUGGCUAGGAUAGUUUAUGCUUUGCUGCCUUUUGAUCUAGCUUCAUCUUUCAACUAUUCUCAUACAUCUGGCUAUAGUCUUGAUUUAAAAUGUAGAGUUCUUUCUGGAGGCCAUUAGGAGCCUGGCUCAGGGGCCCAUGGGCCAGAGCCUCUGUUGAAGAGUAGACUGUAUAUAAAGAUGGACGACAUGACGGCUACACCACUUGACAGUCCAGCAACCCACUGUCUCAUAACCCAUCUAUGCAGAGUAUGUAGCCCCAUCAUUUAAAUGUAUGUAUUCUAUUGUAAUACUAUUAUAUAAGUACUCAUUACAUAUACUAUCAUAUUGUAAUAAACUGUCAAAAUAGUAAGUCAAAUAAUAGUAUCACAUUAUUACAUAUAAGUUUACAGCUGUCUUAACUCUCUUUGCCGUCUUUCAAUAGCAUUGAUGAUCAAAUAAAAGAAAGUGCUUUGACAUUGCUUUGAACACCUGAAUAUAAUCCACACUAUUAAACCAACUCCUAAAGCAAUCA